AACAAACUUCGGGAUCAUGAUCACGAAAGCGGCAAUACUGUUCUUGUUUGGAGCAACAUUAACAUCCUGCCAAUGGUUUCCUCGUAUGGGCAUAGCCUCCAAAUCAAAUGGCUGCCCAUCUGGCCCUGAACUAGCUCCAAUAAUUUGCAAAUUUAUGCAGCCAACGCUCUCACAAUUCAAGCCACAGCUUAUUGCGCCUACGACAUACAUCGCACCACUGGUAGUUGAAAAAUGCGAUAGUCCGCAGUUGCAAAUGGAUGAACUGCCAGCACCGAUUGAGGAAUUCAAACCUGUAGUGAUUCCUGAGCCGCCCGUGCUGCCGCCAAUGACGAUCCCGAAGUUUCCAGUUCCCGUCAUCAUUGAGGAACCACCAGCGUCUAUCCCUGAAUCUGGUGAAUAUGCAGACAUUCCUGUAAUGCCUGUGAAUAUUCCUGCAGCUCCGGUCCUACCACCUAUGGAAAUACAUGAAUCUUACAUAGAAGUGAAACCUGCACCUGAAGAGAUUGUCGAAAUAAAUUCAAAUACUAUUGAAUUUGAACCUAUCUCGGUGCCACAGCCUCCCGAAUUACCGGCGUUCGUAAUGCCACAGAUUCCUUUUCACGUGGUAGCUGCAGCGGAGCCCGCCGCGCCGUGCCUAGAUGAGCCAAUUCCAGCACCGAUCCCUGCGUAUAUUGAGCCUCUAGCACCUCUGCCUGCCGCUCCUGAGUUACCAGUUUUCGUAAUGCCGGAACUUCCCGCAAUUCAAAUGGUAGAACUAGAACUACCCAAGCCUGUUGCCCCGUGCCUAGAAGAUGAGCCAAUUCCAGCGCCAAUCCCCGCUUACGUGGAACCACUGGUACCUGUACCUGCUGCCCCUGAAUUACCAACUUUCGUAAUGCCUGAACUCCCCGCAAUUCAAAUGGUAGAACUAGAACUACCCAAGCCUGUUGCCCCGUGCCUAGAAGAUGAGCCAAUUCCAGCGCCAAUCCCCGCUUACGUGGAACCACUGGUACCUGUACCUGCUGCCCCUGAAUUACCAACUUUCGUAAUGCCUGAACUCCCCGCAAUUCAAAUGGUAGAACUAGAACUACCCAAGCCUGUUGCCCCGUGCCUAGAAGAUGAGCUAAUUCCAGCGCCGAUUCCCGCUUACGUCGAACCACUCGCACCUGUGCCGGCCGCUCCAGAGUUACCAGCUUUCGUAAUGCCUGAACUCCCCGCAAUUCAAAUGGUAGAACUAGAAUUGCCCAAGCCAGCUGCGCCGUGCCUAGAAGAUGAGAUUCCAGCUUCGAUACCACUAGCGCCACUACCCGCUGCCCCGGAAUUACCAGCAUUCGUAAUGCCAGAGCUCCCAAUUGAAUCACCCGAACCUGAAAUUGCGCCAAUGCCUUUUAUACCUGUCGCAGCCCUUCAACAACCGUUGCCUGAGUACAAUAUGGUAGACUAUGAACCAAUGCCGAUACCGCAGGCUCCAGAACUGCCCCCUUAUGUGAUGUCAGCGAUGCCGAUUUAUGUAGCAGAUGUGCCCGCUCCCGCAGCGCCGUGCCUAGAAGAACUGCCAGCGCCUAUUGUAGCCCCGGAGUAUAUUCGACCUCUAGCCCCUUUGCCAGAGGCCCCCGAGUUACCCCCAGCUAGCCUGCCGGAGCUUCCAGCUCGUGUUGAAAUACCUUCACUGCCAGUAAUGAUUUCUCUACCUGAGCCUUGGCUGACUGAAGAAAAAGCGCCGGAGCCAAUCAUCAUUCCCCAACCACCAGCAUUGCCGGAGAUUAAAAUGCCGGAAUUUCCUAUCAAAGUGGAAUUCGAGGAGCCAUGUGCACCAGCUGUUAUGCCUCACCCGUUUUACCAAAAACUCUUCCCGAACUAUGUUACAAUUUAUAAUGAAAAAGCCAAGGAACCGCAAAACAUUUUGGUUCCCAGCCAACCAAUUGGAUCUACACCAUGCGUGUAUAACCUAGUAAUGCAACAUGUGAUGCCAAAUAUGUUAUCAAAUGACUUUAUACCUAUGGAGAAUAUCGAAAUCAAACCUGCAUCAUUUUUGCCGUGUUCAUAGAUAUUCCCAGUUUAGUAGAAAAUAAAUAAAUAACGACUUUUUG